CUAUGUUUGAUGAUCACAGAAUACUUUCAAAUUUGAACGCUAAGAUCGAUCAACUGUCAAACAAUACGUUAAGUUGCGAGUAAUAUGGUACAAUCUUUCCUUUGUAUCAUUAAUUUGGCGAUUGAUGAAUCGCUUAGAAUCUUCAACGUGUACGUAUUGUAUCUAUGAGAGAUUAGCGGUCAACAGUGAUUGAAGGACAGACAAAGAAAAAUUUUGAUAAUGUUCACACCAUUAAAGUCCACAGAAGCAGAUUUUAUCGACGUGACUGUUUUAAGUACUCCUCAGCCACAAGCAACUUCAACUGUACAAAGAAAAAGCACAUUGGAAAACAAUGUUCUUGAUAGAAAUAUUGAAGAGGCUAUUUCUAAACAAUUUGUUAAAGACAAAAAUGCUAUUACACGGAAGUCUACUGACUCAUCUCUUGGAAUAUUGGACAGUAUAUCUUCCUUUUUAGCUGAAAUAAGUGGAGUAGAAGAAGUAGAGAAACAAAGUGAGAGUAAAUUGGACAUAGAAUGUGCUAGAAAGUUACUUCAAAGAUGUAGUGAUAUAAAAAGUACAUCUAUUAUAUAUGAUACAAACAAAGAAAACAAUACGAAUAUUCAAAACUUAUCUAGUAAUAUCAUUCCUUCAACAUUAACUGAUUAUGGUCAAUCCGUUCCAUGUUCCAAUCAAAUCAAUCUUCAGAAUGAAAAUAUUUCACAUUCUGUUAAAGAUAAAGCAAAUAGUGUUGUUUUUGAGCCAAAAGAGAUUAGUGCACGUUCAUCUGGAUUAAGUAGAAGUUCAGAAACUAAUUUAUCAUCAUCAGCUUCAAGUAAAAGUUUGAAUCAAAUAACAUUUGAUGCAACAACUGCUGAAUUGAUGGCUCAAUUUAAUAAUGAAGAUUUUCGUCCAGCUUCUGAAAUGGCCAGUCAAAUGUUAGCUGAUGAAGUGUCUUGGCAACAAAAUUAUCCCUAUGCUCUUCCCACAACAGCUUCUUCUGAAAAAGAAUACUUAAACUUAUCCUGUUUUUCUGGCAUCAUGGGUGAACUAGAUUUAUCAGUAGAAUCCUGCGCUGGCCAUAAGGUAUCUGUGAGUGAAUUUUUUAGAAGAAAAUGUGGAAAUUUUGGAGAAUUAUCGGAAACUGGAGUAGAAAGGCCAAGUUUGGGUCUGUCAGUAAACAGUCCAAAAAAGAAAGAUCAUCUUACACCUCUAGUUGAUUCAACUUGCUCUUCUGUAACAGAAGAUUCCUCAAUUGGAGCCAAUAUCGCGAAAGAUAAAACUCAAAAUAUUCCAAAUAUAACAAAAGAUGCGGAAGAGCAAAGUAUUAUGAGUUUGACCAGUAUCGCUCAAGCACUACAGGAUAUCGAUAAUGGCACACCACGAAGAUUAGUGGAUCAACUCAUCAUGGCAAAGAAAAAGAAAAAAUCCUCGCAGGUGCAAGAGAAGGGUGUAGUUAGCGAUACUUACACAUUAUCGCCUUCAAGUAGAAAAUCCAUGCCUGCUACUUCCAAUAGAAAUAUAGAUAAUUUCGGAAAAGAUAUGGGAUUACUAAAUCUUUCUUCAAAAUUAUCUUUAGAUAGUAGAAUCAUCAAUGAAAGUGUAAAUAUUAAACAUUCUAUUCCAAGAUUGCUUUCAUUUGACUCUAACUCGGGUGCAAAAAUAAACUAUGAGGCCAUUUCUCAGGAACUUAAGAAAGAGUUAAGUAGUGGAAACUUACCAUCCUUAUACAGUCAAGAGCUUAAGUCAUUGUUGGAAGACUCUAAAUUAACUCGUCCAAAUUAUACAGAAAACAAAAUAUCACCUCAUACUUCGAAAAUUAAUGCAAUGAUUAGUUACGAGGAAAAAUCUACCGGUCUUGAAGAAGAAGAAAUAGGAAAAAAAGAAAAUAUAAAAAAGGAAAAUGUUUCAUAUAAAGAUAGAUCAGAAAUUCGUAUACAAGAUAUUUCAAAUUUACAAGAAUCUUAUGUUAAUAACGUCGUCAUUGGCAAACGUACAGAAGAAUUGUGCAGUUGUAUCGUUGCUAUACCUAGAGAAAUUGAUAUUGAACUCUUAAAUAAAAGUGAUAGAUGGGUCAUUUGUGCAUUAAGCGUAAAUCAAAUUCAAGGAGAUAAGCAUAAUGUCCGACUUACACUGCCGAAAAAUGUUACUCUUAUUAAACCAAAUGCUGAACAACAUGUUAAGAUUACCGUAACAGUGGUGAAAAUGUGUAAACCAAUUAUUGCAGUUUUAAACAUAACAAUGUCAGAUAUGGUAACAAGAAUUGAAUGGAUUAUGAAACAUAUUAUAUGUCUCAAACCCGAAGAAGUCGAUAUAAACGUGUCAAACCCUUCUCAAAAAAAAGAAUUAGAUUUUCAGUAUAUUGCUGAAAAUAGCAUAGCAGUCUUACCUAUUACAAUAAAAAAUAAAAAUAAUGUCGAUAUACCCAUAAAAAUUUCUAUACUACAGAAUGAACCAGCAAUAUUUAGCUUAGAAAAUCCAGAAGAAUCACAACAUAUUACUCUUAAAUCUCAAGAAGUACGCACUACAAAUGUUCGAUGCAAGGCUUUCGCGCAAAAAAAUACUGAGACGCAACAACGAUCCUUACAACGUUACACUGGCACUUUAAUAAUUCAAAACGAAAGUACUCCAGAGAACAGUAUAAUAAUCCAAGAAAUUCCUCUUAUUGUACAAGUAGGAAUUUAUAAGAUACAAACGAUUGAUACAGACUUACCUUUGGUCGUUCCUAACAAACAAAGCAAACCCUUGACCGUGAUUAAUCUUGGGACGAUACCGACGCUAAUAACAACUUCAUUUAUCCAAGAAAUUGAAUUAACAAAAAAUUCAAAAUAUUUCUCAGUUGAACCAGAAAGUUUACUUGUGCAACCUAGGGAAACUGGAUGCUUCUUUAUUACAUACAAGCAACAAACAUUGGGCACUCCUAAAAUGUAUGCAAAAAUUAAAUUAACUGCUGCUAACAAUGAUUAUUACUAUUCUGUAAUCGGAGAAUCAAGCACAUGUACAGAGGCAGAAAAUGAAAAUGCUCGAUGUGAAACACCUCAGUAUUUACCACCUGUUAGUUCUCCAUCAUCUCCGCAUAGCGUGGUUUCAAACAAGUCGGGCGUAUCUGGCAGAAAUUCGCCUCUUAGCUCAGUAUCUGGUUCAACUGUUACUGGCGAUAAAAUUCCUAUCAGAACAACUCACGCUGCUCUGAUAUGGAAUAGUGUGAAAACAGGAAAGUCAGAAAUUAGGGAAUUCACUAUUCGUAAUACAAGUAACAACAAAAUAAGGAUACAAGCUAUUAUAUCGGACAGUAAAAAAAAUUUUCGAUUUCUUCGAGAACGACAGGCCGUUGGUACUAUUGUAUUAGCUCUGCAAGGUUCGGAAAGUAGGAUGCUGUCCGUUCUAUUUAGUCCUCAUCAUAUAGGCGCAGCGGCUGGAAAAAUAGUAUUCAAACACUAUGAACCAAAUAGAGAAGAGUUUGAAUCUGGAUCUACGAAAGUGCUAUUUCUAUAUGGUUAUGGGGGUUAUAGCAAAGUUGAAAUUUCAGAAGCAUUUAAAGACACAGGCGGAAAAAUGUGGUUAUCGCUUGGUAUUUUAAGCUGCGGAAGAUCUCCACGUGCAAAGAUCAAAUUACAAAACAUUGGAGAUCUAUGUUCCUACGUUAAAAUCAAAUUAAUACCCAAAGCUGUAUAUCCUACUAUGGCAUCGAGUUGGCAAGUAAAUCCAUCCGAAUUGUUGCUAAAUUCGAAAGAAGUUCAAUGGGUGACUCUGGAAUUCGAGCCGCGAAAGGAAGAUCUAGCUUUACUGCAACGAUCUAAUGUCUCACAUGUUGGAACCCUAUUAAUUACCCAUGGAGAUGAACCUACGCGCUGGCGAAUUCGUAGAUUGUAUAAUAAAAUGAAAGAAACAGGCGAAUUGAGUGGAAAUGAAAAUGAAACUUUUAGGAAUAUUAUUCAACCAUUAUGUAAAACUUUUUCUGGAGAACAAUUAAUAUCGGAUAUAAAUACUAUACGAGAUUCAGUGCAAAAUCUUGGGGACCUUUGUCAAGGGAUUCAUCGACAUGAAAUAAUGUUAACGGUGGAAGUGUGCGCCGAUGAGACUAUGUCCGUUCUUCACGAUAAUGCAGACGAAUCACAAUUGUUUUAUUCUCUUUGUAGCGACAAUAGUCAUAUAUAUGAAGGAAAUGGUGAAAGUUUCCUACCCUCAGAGACUUUUGUAGCAAACAGUACACUUAAAAGCGGCAUGAAUGCAGACGAUUUUAUGAUUAGCCCAUCUAUUGUAAUUUUAACUCCACCGACUAGAUCAGAAGCAGUUGUAACAAUAAGAAGUCCUUGUACUGUGGCAGAACCGUUUGAAACUUCUCUAUCAAAUACGGACUAUUUAAGAGUCGUUCCUGCGGAGGGAAUGAUACCUACUAGAAGAGACUUUCAACUAAAAAUACAGUGUAAACGAAAAAUCGAACGGAAUUUUAACGCUGUUCUUGAAAUUUAUACCGAGAACAAAAAGUUUGAUGUACAAAUAAAAGUAACAGUUAAAUAAUUGUAAAUUGAAA